GAGCAGCUGCAAGCAAGCUGGGUAGGAUAUCCACUUUACAGCACAGUCUUGCAGGGCCUGCACUGGGUUGCCGCCAUGUUACUUCACAAUCUGUGUGUACUUUUACUGGCACUGAUGACUUUAGUCGCCAGCGCUGACACCAUCGAGGAAGGGAAGUUGAGCAGAGAUCAUCAUCUUCCCGGGUAUGGUGAGCCGUGCAACCAAGCCCGAGGAGUGUGUUGCAAGAGUGCGACGUGCAUGAGGGUGGUGGGAGGCGAGGAGGAGUGCGUCAAACCCUACGUCUGUUGCGACCGAAUAUUAGGAAGCUGUGGAGAAUAUACACCUUAUUCCUGCUUGAGGCAUGGAGGAAGGUGUAAAAAGGAGUGUGAAAAUAAUGAACACGAGAUCCAUGCCAAGUGUGAUGACGACGAUGAUGACGACUAUGAUGACGACCACAAUGACGACCACGAUGACGACCACGACCACCACCACGAUUAUGAUAAACACGACCAUGAAGACGAGGAUCACGACCAUGACUGUCACUGUUGCGUCAAACGGUGCAAGGAGAACAAGUCGUGUACGGAUAUCCUGGGCCAUUGUAUUGACGAUCUGGACGACUAUAUCAACGGAACGCUGCUGAGUACAGGCUGUGAAGGCCACAAGUGUUACUGCUACGUUCAGGAGAGUUGUGAGUGCGAUGGUAAGGUCUACUUCCACAAUUCUGUUCGUCCUGUUGCCAAAUGUUUAUCAGCGGUGUGUGAGAGGACAAGCUGGAAGAUCUACCGCCAUCCUGAGUGUUGUAAGUUUGCAGAUCGCUACUACUCAGAAGGAGAAAUGCGUUUUGAAGGCUGUAAAUUGUUUAAGUGCGUUCGAGGCAACUGGGACAAAAUUAGUUCAUGUCGACACGAAUGUUGCCCGGACACAACCACAACAACAACAGCAACUACAACUAUUCCUGCAGUCUGAAAUACUGCUACUACAACAACAAUCUCAAUUAUUACUACAAUCUGAUAUACUACUACAACAACUACAACAACCUCAACAACUAUUACUACAACACCAACCUCAGUUAUUACUACAAUCUGAUAUACUACUACAACAACAACAACAACCUCAACAACUAUUACUACAACACCAACCUCAACAACUAUUACUACAACACCAACCUCAAUUAUUACUACAAUCUGAUAUACUACUACAACAACAACAACAACCUCAACAACUAUUACUACAACACCAACCUCAAUUAUUACUACAAUCUGAUAUACUACUACAACAACAACAACAACCUCAACUAC